AUGGAUACGGAUGCGAUUCGAAGCAACGGGAAUUCCUUGACAGCGGCUUCACCACACAGCUCACGGCAACAAUUUCUACGCUGCUUUCGACCGCUUCACAUCCUUUCCUGCACGUUCGCCUUGUGGCCGUUUGCCGUGCCGGUCAACGGUGGUUCGGUGUUUACGCGAUGGAGUGUACUGUACGUGUUCGCCAUCGUUACGGGGUACAGUGCGUUUCAUCUGUACAUUAACUAUACGGAUGCUUACGGCAUUACGGCGAGCGAGGAACCGGACGAGAAUCGACCCACAUCAGCCACCCAGCAACAGGUGGAAGCAAAUUUUGUUUCGAUAGUAAUCGACAUCUACAACCGGUAUUCGGGGUUGGUAUUGUUCUGGUUGCUGCAUACGGUUGCCCUUGCGACCCAACGCUCACUGGCCGCCAUCGUUACCGGCGUGCUGCUGGUUGACGAACAGAUUGUCCAACGGUUGUCACUGGUGCCGAAUCACGCCCAAUGGUGCAGAUUUAUCUGCCUACAGGCGGCAUUCAUCUUUCUCGCCAUCGGUGUGUCCGAGUACCACAACUGCAUCAUGUACAUGAGCGACUUUAUACCAGCGUCCGAGUACUGCAUCUUCCAGUGCUUCAUCACCAUGCUGACGAGCUCGGCGGUCGAAAUUCAGUACGUGGCCUUUGUGCAGUUGAUUAAAAAUCGUCUCCAGCUGAUGAACGAGCUGCUGGUCGAGCUGACGUGCGAACACAUCAGCAUGAAAAUAAUUAAUGACAUAAAAAAUUUAUACACACAUUUGCAUUUAUUAUCGCUGCAUAUUAAUAAAGCGUACGGGGCGCAGUUGAUUUUCAUCCUGAUGACGCUGUUCGUAACGCUCACGACGCUGCUCUACUACUGCACGAUGAAACUUUUUCGAAUGCUCUGGAUGGGUCGGUGGGCAACGGUGAGCGAACUGAUGCUAACCUUCUGGGCAGUUUUGAGCACACUCUCGUGGGCAUUCAUAUCGACAUUUCGCAUCCUGCGCAUCUGCAACGUGUGUAAUUCGGCAAAAAACGAGUCACAAAAAAUAGGUAGCCUCAUACAUGGACUGGGCUGGAAAACAAAUUGUCCUGACACGAAAUCGAUGGUGCGUAUACUUUCGCUGCAGUUGCAACAGCAGCGUAUCGAAUUUACCGCCGGUGGCCUAUUCACCAUCGAUCAUGGGCUAAUGUUUAAUAUCGUUGGUUCGCUUGCAACGUACCUGCUGAUAUUGAUACAAUUCGAUAUUGCACAGAAUGGAGCAAAGUGGAAGGCGGAACAACCAGCGGCCAACAGUUCAACUACAUUGCAGAAGCUUUCGUAGAAAUUGGACGGUGGAGAUGUUUCAUCCCAUCACCAUUACCGGAGCUAAAACAACGGGCCUCUUCUUUUCCACCGCCCCACCAACACCACGAUGUCAUCGUGAUAAACGAUGCCAAGGAUCAAAGCACCAGCCGGAAUCGGAAUUCAUAAUCCAUGCAAACCUUCGGAUGGGCGGUAUUCCUUACGCUUUUGCAACUGCGAUCCGUUUAUUUGUAUCGUACAAACUAUUUGUUGUGCGCUUAGAAAAUACCAGUACCACCGCAUGGCGAUGGAUAAGAAGGGAACGCAUCCACCGGAAUGCGCAACGAGCACCACAAAACCAAUGAACAUUGUGGUGGAUUUAAUCUCGAUGAUAAACGUUUGACCUGUGUACGGUUUUGGCUUUCAUCUUUGUCGUCGCCCGGGAGGCUAUUGAUAUGCUCGAGAGCGCUACCACACUGGUACACGCGUACUGGACAAACAACCGUGCAGGGAAGGCACGCGUCCAAGCGGUGGUUAGUGACAACCGAAAAGGAG